GUUCGCUAUCUUCUCCCGCUUCGAGGUUCCUUGGCGGGUUGGCGAUGCCUUGAGACUGAAGGGUCGCUAGCCACUCUGCAAUAAAUCGAUAACCAGGGCCAUUUCAACCCUUUCGAAACGUUAGUGCAUAAAACAAGACCAUAGCCUGGUCAUCAAACGCGUUUCAAAGACUCUCAUUUCAGGUUUGAUGAAGAAGAUGACAUCCUAAACAAGCAUCUCAUCAGCGUCUUUUCCCACAGCCAACCCUAACCACGAAGCAGUGGACAUGGAGCCAGCACUGCCACGGAACGGCCUAGGCUACCUCUACGUCAUCAGGGGACCGCCAGCCGCUAAACAAGCCAAGUCGCUUAGCGCUUAGCGUCUAUCUUAUCGCCUUGUACGGGGCUGACAGUGCACUGCCCCGGCCGCAGCCCCAGUGCCGCGUCGGCGGGUUCGAUGUCAACAAUCAGGAUUAAAUCCACUUGAGGUUGCAUCUCCUGUCAAGGCUGCGCCCCUUUUAUUCUCUGCUUCAUUUCUGGUUGUUAGAUCGACUACCUCCAGCUUCAUCCCCGUCAAAGAUAUCAUUACCAGUUAACCCCGCCAUAAUCGCAUCUCAGUCAGCCACCAACUUCCCCCAAAACCCGGCACCCAAACCAAGCCCCAAAAUGACAUCCAAACGCGGCCUAACCUUUCCCGUCGCCUCCCCCGACCCGCCCUUCCUCUUCUCCAAACCCGGCUCCCUCAUCUCCUGGCUCUACAACUGGUCCCCGCGCCUAACCCCCGGCACCGGCCCAGGCUGCUCUCUGCAAUUCGUGCCUAUGCAAUGGAACCACGUCUACAUCGACGAGCUCCCCUCGCACCUCAACGCCUGCUACCCGGAUCCCGAAUGUAACGGACAGCCGACAGUGCUAGGGUUUAACGAGCCCGAGCUUACCGACCAAAGUAACAUGCCCGUCGAGCUAGCAGCGCAGGAAUGGCUGCGGGUUAUCGAGCCCCUACGCCGGCAGGGAGUCAGGGCGGGUAGUCCCGGAAUUAGUUCAGCGCCGCAGGGCGUCACCUGGCUUCAGCAGUUCAUGGCGGCUAUCCGGGCAGAGGGGAGCGACGUGGACUUUUACUGUUUGCAUUGGUAUGGCGGGGCGAACUUGGGCGCGUUUUAUGAUUAUAUCUGGAGCACGCAUCAUCAGCUGGGGCCGGACAAGCCCGUGUGGAUUACCGAGUUUGCGUGCACGAAUUGGGACCAGGCGAAUCCGCUGCCCAAGGAGGAGGUGGAACACUUUUGUAAGGAGAGUUGCAAGUAUUUGGAUACGUUGGAUUGGGUGGAGAGGUAUGCGUGGUUUGGGGCCAUGAGACCGGAGACGAUUGGGAAUGUGGGGAGGUGGGCGAGUCUGUUGGGGGAUGAGGGGGGUGUUACCGAGUUGGGGGAGUGGUAUAGGGAUUGCGCUGAGUAGGCGGCAGACAGAAGUAGGAGGGAGGAAGACGGCGAGUGGACGAGGAGAGGGUAAUGGAAGCGGGCGAUGCGAAUUGAAUCAGGGAGGCACCGGGCCACAGUGAGCGUAAGCGUUGAACAGAUCCCCCCAAAGCAAUUAUACCAACAAAAAGGAGACGGCGACCAAAAGAACAAUGAGCCUGCUCGGCCGCAAUGUUCCCUCCCCAUUCUCAUCCCCUCCACACGGCUUCUCCUUUGUGCACUUGUCGUCCUUGUAGUCCUCGCUCGGAAGGGCCUCUCUUCCCGUUGCGUUGCCACCGAGAUACCAGCUCCCAAUAUCUGUCAACUGUCCGUAUGCAUCUAGAAAGGCUUGAUUGGGACCGACGUUGGACACGAUACUUCGAAAGGCGCCGAACCAGGCAUAUCGCUUGACGCUCUCUUUGCUGUCGAGGUAAGGGAUGGAUUGGUUGUAGAACUUUUGCGUGUUUUCAAGGGUCUCGGAGGGGAUGCCGAAUUCGGUGAUCCAGAUGUCGAGGCCGGGGAAGCUGUGACGGAGUGUUAGCGGAAUUACAUGAUAUAAUGACCUGGUAAAGAAAUGGACUUGAGGGAAGCCAGUGGAACGGGUAAAAGGACUCACGCAUUCUCA